AAAUAGUAAAAGUAAAAAGGAGUGUCAAUAAAUAGAGAGUAGCAUUACUCCACAUCUCAUAGCUCUUCUCCAAUCUAAGGGUAAUAGCACAAGAGUUUUCACUGAAGUUAAGAUAUCGAAGCAAUGUCUGAGAAGAUGGGACCCGUUGGUGGUAGCAUGGGAGGUGUAUUCGACGAUGGUGUUUACGAUGGUGUGAAGAAAAUAACUGUUGGAAAAGACAUUGACUGUGUGUCUUAUAUCAAAAUCGAAUACGAAAAGGAUGGAAAAUUUGUAACUCAUGAGCACGGGACGAUUCGUGGGGAACUGAAAGAGUUUGAUGUGGAUUACCCGAAAGAAUGUAUCACAUCCGUUGGUGGAAGCUACGAUCAUGUUACCCGCUAUAACGCGGUGUUGAUCAAAUCGCUAAUCUUCAAAACUUCUUAUGGAAGAACUUCCCCAACAUUCGGUGAUUCAUCUGGGAAAGAAUUCAUGCUCGAGGGUAAAAAUGGGGGAAAGCUUAUUGGAUUCCACGGACGCUCUGGUCAGGCUAUUGAUGCCAUUGGUGCAUACUUUUCUCUAGUUGAAAAGACAGCUGCUAUGGGUGGUAACAUGGGAGGUGCAUUUGACGAUGGUGUUUUCGAUGGUGUGAAGAAAAUAACUGUUGGAAAAGAUACUGACUGUGUGUCUUAUAUCAAAAUCGAAUACGAAAAGGAUGGAGAAUUUGAAACCCUUGAGAAUGGGACGAUUCGCGGGGAACUGAAAGAGUUUGAUGUGGAUUAUCCGAAUGAAUGUAUCACAUCUGUUGGUGGAAGCUAUGAUCAUGUUAUCCGCUAUAAGACGGUGUUGAUCAAAUCCCUAAUCUUCAAAACUUCUUAUGGAAGAACUUCCCCAACAUUCGGUGAUUCAUCUGGGAAAGAAUUCAUGCUUGAGGGUAAAAAUGGGGGAAAGCUUAUUGGAUUCCACGGACGCUCUGGUCAGGCUAUUGAUGCCAUUGGUGCAUACUUUUCGCUAGUUGAAAAGACAGCUGCUAUGGGUGGUAACAUGGGAGGUGCAUUUGACGAUGGUGUUUUCGAUGGUGUCAAGAAAAUAACCGUGGGAAAAGAUAUUGAUUGUGUAUCUUAUAUAAAGAUCGAAUACGAAAAGGAUGGAAAAUUUGAAACCUGUGAACAUGGGACGAUUCGGGGAAAACUAAAAGAGUUUGAUGUGUCUUAUCCAAAUGAAUGCAUCAUAUCUGUUGGUGGAAGCUACGAUCAUAAUGGGACGAUUCGCGGGGAACUGAAAGAGUUUGAUGUGGAUUAUCCGAAUGAAUGUAUCACAUCUGUUGGUGGAAGCUAUGAUCAUGUUAUCCGCUAUAAGACGGUGUUGAUCAAAUCCCUAAUCUUCAAAACUUCUUAUGGAAGAACUUCCCCAACAUUCGGUGAUUCAUCUGGGAAAGAAUUCAUGCUUGAGGGUAAAAAUGGGGGAAAGCUUAUUGGAUUCCACGGACGCUCUGGUCAGGCCAUUGAUUCCAUUGGUGCAUACUUUUCGCUAGUUGAAAAGACAGCUGCUAUGGGUGGUAACAUGGGAGGUGCAUUUGACGAUGGUGUUUUUGAUGGUGUCAAGAAAAUAACCGUGGGAAAAGAUAUUGAUUGUAUAUCUUAUAUCAAGAUCGAAUACGAAAAUAAUGGAACAUUUGAACGUGGACAUGGGACGAUUCGAGGAGAACUAAAAGAGUUUGAUGUGUCUUAUCCAAAUGAAUGCAUCAUAUCUGUUGGUGGAAGCUACGAUCAUGUUAAUCGCUAUAAUGCAGUUCUGAUCAAAUCUUUGUUCUUCAAAACUUCUUUUGGAAGAACUUCUCCAAUAUUUGGGGUAAGUCCAAGUGGGACAGAAUUCAAGCUUGAGGGGAAAAAUGGAGGAAAGCUUCUUGGAUUCCAUGGACUCUCUGGUCAGGCUAUUGAUGCCAUUGGAGUUUACUUUGGAACCGGAGGAAUUUAAAGAGGAGGGUUACAAGACGGUUUAUUGGGUUCAUCAGAUCUAAGUCCAUGCCGUGUCUAUCUAUUAUCACCAAUAAAAGACUUACUCUAGUUUCGUAAAAUAAGGUACAUCCUUUUGGGUCAUUUGCAGCUCGAGUAAGCAUUUCAGCUUUUGUUGUGUUUAUGUGUAAAAUAAGGUCCAUGCUUUGGGAUCAUGUGAUGUUAUCUUUCCAAUAUCGUCUUUUAUCUUGGUUCAUUUUUGUGUGUGUGGGUGUUUUUUGUGAUGAAGUUAAAUCAAAACGAUCUAAUAUAUCACUCUUGUUCA